AUGGUGAACCAGUCCUUUGUAUCAGAGUUCCUGCUCGAAGAGUUUUCAGAGGUUCGGGAAAUGCAGAUUUUUCACUUCCUUCUAUUCCUGGUUUUGUACUUGGCUACAGUAACAGGGAACCUUCUCAUCAUCUCUGCAGUAGCUUUCGACCGCCGACUGCACACCCCCAUGUACUUCUUUCUGAUGAACUUGGCCAUACAGGACCUUGGAUCUGUUUCAGUCAUUGUUCCCAAUUCCAUGGCUAAUUCCCUCAUGAAUACCAGACACAUUUCUUACUCUGGGUGUGUUGCUCAAGUUCUCUUAUUUGUCUUCUUUUUAGCAUCCAACUUCUCUCUCCUGACCGUCAUGGCAUAUGAUCGGUAUGUUGCCAUUUGCAACCCAUUACAAUAUGAGAAGCUGAUGAACAAGCAAGCCUGUGUCCACAUGAUUGCCUGUGUAUGGAUCACUGGUCUUCUCUGUGCUGUGUUACACACUGGAGGCACCUUUGCAACCCCCUUCUGUUCCAGUGUUGUCAAACAGUUUUUCUGUGAAAUCCCACAGUUGCUAAAGCUCUCCUGCUCUGGUUUGAACCUAACAGAAAUUGGAGUGAUCGUGCUGAGUAUUUUCAUUGAAUCAGGUUGCCUCUUCUUCAUUGUUGUAACUUAUGUCUAUAUUUUCAGCGCUGUGUUAAAAAUGCCUUCUAUUCAGGGAAGGCAAAAAGUCUUCUCAACUUGUCUUCCUCACCUCAUUGUUAUCUCCAUGUUGUUAUUAACUGGGUGGUUUGCUUACCUAAGUCCUAUGUAUAGUACCACAUCACAGCAAGAUUUGUCUUUUGCUGUGAUAUAUUCUGUGGUUCCACCACUGCUGAACCCAGUGAUCUACAGCAUGCGAAACAAGGAUAUGAAAAUUGCCUUGUCAAAAUUAUUUGGAUUGAGGACAGGAGUCAUUAUAUUAUCUGCAUGGAAGCUUCCCUCAUCCUUGGCAGUAAAUCUGUUUGUUUAA